AUGUCACUCCGACGACGGUCCUAUCAAAGAACUCGCGAGUGUCCGUCAGAAAAAACGAUCAAGAAAUUCGUGAAUCUUUAUUCGGAUGAAGGUAAAGAUCGAGAGACGAUUUUACUCAGUGGACGACACCCGUGCAAUUGUCUGGCUUCGAGACACCAACUCAUCAACAACUGCAUCUCAUGUGGGAGGAUAGUGUGCCAACAGGAAGGUUCCGGGUCGUGUUUGACAUGUGGAGAGCUUGUUGCUACCCCUCGUGAGAUGGAAAUGUUGGUGAAAGAUUCCCGAAAAGCCAAUCAGCUUCGCCAGAAGAUCGAAGAACAAGACGCAGCUCUCGCGAAGGCAGUGGCUCAUAAAGACCGCCUCAUCGAGUUCGAUCGGACCUGCGCCAAGCGAACUCAGAUCAUCGACGACGACAGGGAUUACUUCUCUUCUGAAAACAAAUGGUUAACUCAGAAAGAGCGGAAGGCUCUGCGGGAAUCCGAAGAGAAACGCGACACCAGCAGACGCAGCCGGGUUACGAAGAUAGACAUCGAUUUCGAAGGAAAAAAGGUCACUGAGAAGCUUGAGGAGCUCCCAGAGCUUUAUUCUUCGUCGACAUUAGGCGCAAUCGAAACCGCCUAUGAGGAGUCACCAUCGUAUCUGAGCAAGAAGACCUUGGUGGACCUAGAGUUCGUGGAAACGGGAAUUAUUUUAACGAAUACGGCGAAGAGCGAUGAAAUGAACCUCUCUCGGAUACAGGACAGCCACCUGAAGGAAAUUUCUGACGACGGAUGGUGUCUUUCAAUUCAUCAACCGUAUGCGAGUCUACUGAUCGCCGGCAUCAAGAAGCAUGAAGGUCGUCAUUGGUUCCAUGCCCAUCGAGGCCGACUCUGGAUCCACGCAGCUUCGAAACAGCCGACUCGCGAGGAGCAGGAAAGCGUCAUUCGAGCUUACAAGCUCAUCAGUCCAGUUGAAUUGCCCGCUUCAAUGGAAUUUCCGACUGGCGUUCUUCUCGGCUGUGUCGACGUCAUGGAUUGCAUACCACAAUCGAAAUACCGUGAGACGUUCCCCCAUGGAGAGAUAUCCGAUCCGUACGUCUUCAUAUGCGAACAUCCGCACCCUUUGAAAACCCAGUUCCCCAUGAAAGGGGGACCGAAAAUAUUCAAGCUCGACAACAAGCUGCUCAAUGCUGCUAGAAAACAAGUCAUGUUUGAUUGAAACGGUGUCUUAUAGUGAUGUUGAAUAAAACUCUCUGA